UUUUUAUUCAUGAGUUGAAAGUGGUGUCUAUCGGUUCGUUUAUACACUGACUGCUCGUAAAUGCAUCAUUAAUCUCGACUUGAAGCAUUUUUGUUAUUCAUCUGAAUUUUCAUCUAAACAGUUUUUUUUUGCUGAAGGAAUAUUUUCGUUUAAAAUUCCAUCAGUUCUCAACUCGAAAUUUGGGAGGAGAAGAAAGAAAAUGUCGGUCAAAGUGAUGUGAUUAAAUGAAAGUGAUCGUUUUCUUUUCCUCAGAAAAAGAAAAUUUAUUUAUCUGAACAAUAGUUGUGAAAUUCCGCCAAUUGAAGUGAAAUUUGAUGUUUUCGUGUUGAAAUAUUUUCCGAUCCAAAAGACAGACCAAGGAAAUAGAGCAAAAAUUACAAAAAAAACGUUUAUUUGAACAGAACGCAUAUCAACGUCAUCUGUGGAACACAAUCAAUUGUUAUUUAUUUCGUGGUUGUUGUUGUUGUUGUUCCUCUCUAAAAAAAUUUGCUGCACAAUUCAACGCCCCAACUAAACGCGACAAAAAGACAGCCAAAUAUCAAAGCAGCUUGUAGAAAAAAAAUUGUGUGAUUACUGUUGUUUUAGUUGUUUGGAGCAUAAAAUUUUUUUUCGAUUUGAUUUACCUGCGCACAUUACAUACCAUCAUGACACUAGUUGGAACGCCAAAUGUGAUUGAAACAGCCGAUUCAUCGUACGAAGACUACGCCGAUAACUUUGAUUUGUCUUUGCUGUCGAUGGACAAUGAAUUUAACUCUUUAGUCAAUGCGAAUGCGCAAUCCGAUUUCAUCCCAACAACGGUAUUUGAACGGUGGAAUAUAAAUCAGCAGCAACGAGAUAAUACAAAUUGUUUGAUUCAAUCGAUGCCACAGGAGCAUAUUCCAUUGGUAUUCCCACCAUCGCCAACACCAUCGAUCGAACUCUCCACAUACAAUUGCAACAAUAUUAUUCGACAAGAGCAAUCGCCAUCCAGCUAUAGCCUAUAUCCACCAUCACCGCCCGAUUCGAACGGUGCACCAUCGCCCAUCGGUUGCCAUUAUAUGGAUAUUAAAAUGUCGGAUCCAAUAUUUUCCACCACCACACAAACCGAUCUAUUCGAUGCACCGAAAAAAGACUAUCAACUGCUGCGAGAACAUCUCCAAGAUUUAAGCUUCCAGAAAAAACACAAUCUGAAACCAUUGCCAUUGGAAACACUGUUCGCCGAUGACGAAUGGGACGUUCAAGAUGAUAUCGAACCAGUUAUCUCUUUGGCCUUGGAACAAGCUCGCAAAGACGUCGAACAAACCUGUUUAACAUUAAAUAUUCCAUCAGAUCCACAAGAAUGGAGUCGUGAUCAAGUACGCGCUUGGCUUCAAUACACAAUGAAACAAUUCAAAAUUUCAAUUACACAAGACAUUGAGAAUAUCUUCGAUGAAGAUGGACCACAAUUGUCACGAUUAAAUGAAAUCGAUUUUGUUAGCCGAAUUCCACAGGCGGGCGCAACAUUAUUCGCUCAAUUGGAAAUUUGGAAAGCAUCUCGAUGCUGUUGCUCGGAAACACCUCGUGAAAUGCAGCCAGCAUCGAAUCAGCCAAGUGAAAUGUCGCCAUGGAAUGUAUCGCUGGACUGUAAUGGAAUCGAUGACCCAACUGGAACCGAUAAAAGUAAUGAAUUGUCAUCGGACACAUCAUUUGACUGGGUUUCACUGCCAAUGGAAGCAAUGGAAACGGAAACCGAGCAAAAGCCCAAUGUAAACACCGAAGUGCAAAGCAAAUCGCCGGCCGAAUCGUCAUCGGGAUCGUCAUCACCGCAAAAAAUUGGUCGACAAGGAAGUGCUCACAUUCAUUUAUGGCAAUUUUUAAAAGAAUUACUUCAAUCGCCCCAAACCUAUGGCACUGCCAUCCGUUGGUUGGACCGAAGCCGUGGCGUCUUCAAAAUUGAAGAUUCUGUUCGUGUAGCGCGUCUGUGGGGACGUCGCAAAAAUCGGCCAGCUAUGAACUAUGACAAACUCUCGCGCUCAAUUCGACAGUACUACAAAAAAGGUAUCAUGAAAAAAACGGAACGUUCACAGCGUUUGGUGUAUCAAUUCUGUGUACCGUACAGCAUGUAAAGUGCGCUGUCCAUCCGUUUCAAUAGCAACAACAAACAUUUUAUCGUUUAAGUACGUGGGAUUUAGGGUUUGGGUUUUGGUUUUUGUUUUUGGUUUUUUCUAUAAAAUAGUUGAAACAUACUAUUUAUAUGUAAGAGAUCAGCAAAUACUUUUUUUUUAUUAUUUUGUUUUCUUCACACAGUGAGAAGCAAAUUUGUUGUAAUUUUCUUUUUGUUUGUGCAAAGAAGGUAAUUUCUUUGCUCAAAACAUACGACAUCAAGGGAGUUAAAAGUGUGUUGGAUUGUCAUUGAAUGAAUUUUUUGGUAUUAAAAACUUCGACGGUUCACCUUUUUUCACUUGCCUUAUCUUUCACGUUUUGUCUCAUUUGAAAAAAAAACACAUUUCACAAGACAUGAAAAUAACACAUACACACAAAACAAAUUCGAUCUAAAGAGAUGUAAAUAGCUGGCGGAAUCGAAACGUGCCAGGAAUCGCAACAUAAAAAAAGGAUUGAAAACAAUUCAUGUUCGAUGCCGUGGGUCACAUCGAUUUCGCUGACAGCGAGAGAUGAAAUUUCGUUAUAUUUGCCGAUAGUAAAUCGAUGCACCGUGUCGACCAGUCAUCAUGAAAGUAUAUCGUUGACAGUUUCAUGGUUUUUAUCACAAUUGUGAUGUUCAAUCGAUGUAUCUGAGUUUUCAUGUGGUCGAAACAGAAUUUGUGUGCGCAAGCUCAAUAUUUGACAACCAUUUGAUUUCAUUUCAAAUGAUUCAGUCAAAUCAUUCUGUAUUUAUUCAAUCCAAUCGGGUGUCGAUUUGCUAGUUCGGUGAUUUUGGUCCCAUAUAUCUAUGAUAUAUUGAGUACGUUCUAUGAACAUAAAAGCUUAGUAUUUAAUGUGGUCUAGUUAAGUAAAUAUAUUUUUUUCCAUUUAAUUUAUUUUUUUUUGUUUAGUGAAAGACAAACGCAUUGCCUGCUGUGUUUGAGCGUGAUUUUGUAUAUCGCGAAACAACGGACAAAAAUUUUCAGCAAUCAAAAUAAAAUAUUGAUAAAUUUCGAAAUUUCUUUGAGAAUUUCAUGAUAUUACUUGCCAAAAUUUAAUUACUUGAUUUAUAUGUUGUCAUUACACUUGAUUUGAGUGACAUCGCGACACAAAAUCACACACACACACACUCGAGAAAAAAAACACUUGAAAAAAUCAAUUCAGUUCGCUUCGAACGCGGUUUUUUCGAAUUUUAUUGAAAAGUCCAUGCAGUGCAAUAUGAAAGAGGAUUUAUUUUGUUAGUAUCUCAGUAAGCAUAAGAAUUGAAGUAGAAAAAUGAGUGCAAUUAAAUUUGUGCAGAAAAAAAUGUGAAUGUUAUGUCGCACAACAACAUAUUAAUUAUUCUGAUAUUAAUUUUCUUGAUAUUAUAUUGAAUAUUAUGUGGGUUUUGGGUGCUUUUCUGUUUAUCAUAUAUCUUAUUAAUACUUGUAAGUUAUCUGAAUUUUGUUUGUUAUUGUCAUUUCAAACACAUCCAUGAAAAAUGGGUUUUCACACAAUAAUAAUUUAUACUAGACCAUAAGGAUUUACAAAUAUUUUCAAUCAAUUUAUAAACUAUAGUCGUAUAUUUCGUUCAGUCUUUUGAAAAUAAACACGGUGACUUGUCUGAUAUAUUCUCAACACAAAUGCACAUCGAGUGGAUGUUGAAUAUUCCAGCUGGGGUUCACGUGUGAAAUUCCAAUUCAAUUUCCAAUUUGAUUGCCACAUUGAUACAAAAAUUUCUCAAUUUAAUUGCACACGAUUUUUGUUCAGCACAUUCACAAACGAGCAUAAUUUCAAAGAAUUAGUUAAAUUCAUUGUCACUUUAUGUAUUCUUCGAUUAAGAUUUAUAAAAUAAACGUUCUUUUGGACAAA